UCACGGUUCACCACUGAUCGUUUGCCGUGCCUGUCAUAGGCGCCAAACAAGGACCAGUAUAUGAAAAGUUUUUUUUCCAAAGCUCUUUAAUUUAUCAUCAUAAUGUCAGAGGCCUUAGAAGCACAGUUAGAAAUUCUAGUAAAUGAAAAUGCUUUUUUGAAGAAGUAUUUCGCUUUACGAAAGAAAUGCGAACAAAUACAACAGGCAAAUGAAAAAGUUGUCAAUAGAAUCCAGCAUGUAAAGAAAAUGAUAAAGAGAUACAAACGUGAAAGAAGGUAUUUAGCCAACAGAUUAGAUGAUUAUGGAGAUAAUUAUAGAGAUGUUCAAGUACCAGUUAUGUGGGAGGAGGACAAGUUAUUAGGUGCAACAGAACCAUGUUCCUCUUUUGAAGAUGUAGAAAAGGAAAUUUCAUCCCCUGUUAGCAGCACUGAUAGGACAGUAUCUGAGAUCUUGUCUAAUAUCAAUCCUCUACUAAAGGCUCAUGGGAUAGAUCACAUAACUCCAGGUUCAAAGACAAAGAAAUCGAAAGCAGACACUAAUGCUCCUAAGAAGCCUGCCAAUGCAUUUUUGUUGUUCUGUACCCAACAGAGGUCAUCAGUACAAGAAGAAUAUUACAAGGAUAAACAUGAAGAAAUCUCUAAUCAUGAAAUGACAAAACGAUUAGCACAGAAAUGGAAUGGCUUAACUCCAGAGCAGAAAAAGGUGUAUUAUGACAUGUAUGAGCACGAGAAAGAACGAUAUGAUAAAGAAGUCAAAGAAUACCAUGAAAAGGCAUCUAAUAGUCAAGGGAACGUAACACAAGAAGUACAAAGUAUGAUGGGAAAAGAAGCUCAGAGUGCUGUAGAUGCUUUGAUGAUGGAUACUUGAUUAACUAUCAAUAGUUUUAAUUGAUUAUAGAUAAACCAAAUGAAACUUGGAAAAUGUACAUCAAAAAGCAAAUAUUUCACCUUAUAUUAAGGGUUUUUAGUUUAAUGUGCUCAUAUUUGGCUGGCACCAAGUGCAUCCAUCCACAGCUUAGUAUAAAUGAAGGGUAUUGGACUACAAAUUCUGCUGAUAGUUUGUCUGCUAUCAGCAAAAUUGAUACAUUUUCCUUUAGUUUUGAAUAAUGUCCAUUCUUCCUUUGCUUAGUUCUGAAAUAUAACUGACUUUUCUGUCAUUUUUGCUGGUUUUUAUUUUUUUACCAAUUUCUUAAUGAUAUGUUUUUGAAGGAGUUAUUGUUUGCUUCAAGUUGACAUACCUUUGGAAAGAAAUGCAGCACUUUGACUUUGAAAAUUUAAUGAAAAUUGUUCUUGUGUAAACUUUUUUGUGUUGCCCUUAGAUAAUAAGCUGAUUUUUGUCUCGCCUUGACGGAGUCAAAAAGUGAGACAAAGUUAUACUGUUUCUGGCAUCGACGGCGGCGGUGGUGUCAACAAUGUAUUAGUUUGUGAUUAGGUCUAGUUUAACUUUAAGGUGAACCACUAGUGGUUGGUCAAUGAUAUUUGGUAUGCAGUUGUAUUAGCACUGGCACAUCUCAUUUCCAUGGAGAUUAUUUGGCCCUUCCCCUCAGUCAUGGUUUAUUGACUUUGAAACUUUUGCUUAGUUUACAUGUAUUAGUUUGUGAUUAGAUCAGUUUAAGAUGAACCGCUAAUGUUAAGUCAAUGAUAUUUGGUAUGCAAAUUUAUUGGCAUUUGCAAGUCUCAUUUGCAUGGAGUUAUAUAGCCCCACCCCCUCAUCAUGGUUCAUUGACUUUGAAACUUGUACAUAGUUUACAAGUCAAUGUUUGUGUUUGGGUUUGUUGAAAGGGAAUGACUUAUGAUAAGUCUAUGGUAUUUAGUAUGCAGUUGUAUUAGCAUUGGCACAUCUCAUUUCCAUGGAGAUUGUUUUGCCAUGUACCUUCAGUCAUGGUUCAUUGACUUUGAAUAUUUGCAUAACUUACAUGUUAAAGCAUUGCUAUUUUAAUUUCAACAUUUGCAUUAUCAAAAGUACAAAAAGGCGAAACAUAUCUCUGUGUUAACAGUUUAUUGUUCCUAUUUGUAAAAUGAUGAAUUACAAAUCAAGUUAUUGAUUUGUUUUGGUUAACAUUUUUGAUUGACAUACAUCCCAAAUUUUCAAGGUUAUUGUGGUGAUAUGAUCCAUCUUUUUACGUUUUGGAUUGGGGAUAUAUUGCAUUUCAAUCAGAAGCAAUUUUAAAAGUCAAAGAGUGAUUUAUUCUGUUGUUGGAUAUAUUUUGUUCAGAUUUGUAGUUUAAUAAUUAUCCUUAAAUCUCUUUUAUUCAUGCAACAAAUACAUCAGUGUCAUUUGGUCUAAAAAUUCAAAAUAAUAUCCCAAAGAUUGUUAUUUUUUACAUCAAUAAUACUCGUAAAUUAUCUGUAUUUAUUUCAAAUAAUUGUAUUGUGUAAAAAGCCUUAGUUUCCUAAUUCUAACACUAGAAACAGCUGUAGGAAAAUUCGUUGUGUUUAAUAGUUUGUUAUUUAUGUGUUGGAUAGUGUGGAAUAUAUCAGGAAUGUUAGUGUAAUAAAUAAUUUAUGAAAAUA